GCUUUUCAAAACAUGAAUAAUGGGCUAUAAAAACUAAAUAACAGAAUGGGCUUUGACCAAACAUCAGAUGUCACUGGUGAAUGGUGAGCUAAUGGGUUUAAACGGAUACUCGGAGACCCAACAAGAUGACAGACUUAAACUGGAUUUUUCUAUUUUUGGUAGUAAGAUGAAAUAUUAUAGAUAGCUAAAUAGUGACUGUUCUGGGAACUGUGUUCCCUAGAGCAUCAGAGUACAAGAUGAAGGUAAAGUUCUUAAACUGGAUUUGGAAAUUGGAAUAACUUGAUUUGACUUGAUCCCGCAGAAUAAAAGAUAUCCUAACAAUCCCAAAUUCCCACCAUGGUCCAUGGAAUUAUUCAUCUUUAUUUAGCCAAGGCAAUGUGGGAGAAUUAGAUGCUUAUCAACUGUAGAAGUAAAUUGUCCCAAUUUUAAGCCAAAAGAAAUCAAAUCUUCCCUCCUUUUUUUUGCUCUUUUUGUUUUGGAAGAUUGAUUCCUAUAAUACCUACUCAAAAUGCCCUAGAUGUCUUUAGCAUACGAUUUGUAGAAAUAAACUAGAUACUGUAAGAGAAUUUUCUUUUUUUUGAGCUUCAAAAGGCCUAUUUUGCUAAUUCUGUUUCUUAAUAUUUUUGUCAAAAUUAGCUAGGAAGUGUGACAAGUUGUUUUUGUUUUUAUUUUCUUUCCGUCUAGCAACAAAUGGCACUGAUAAAUAAAGUACUAAUGUCCUA